AUAUACCCAAUAUACCGAAAAGCAUGUCAACUGCUACGAAAAAUAAACGGCCUCGCUUACUAUAUGGAGCCGAGUACAGCUCGUCGUCUUCAGUUGUUAUCCGCUCCCUAAAACUCAUCUUUACGAAGCAUCGUCGAAGAAGAUAAAAAAAAAACACGUCUAAACUUGCCUCCGACAUAGAGGUGCCCCAAACCCGAGCUGUCUACGGAAAAUGUCCUCACGACGUAGUUCAUAUCGCAAACGACAGAAACCGCCUUUCGAACGAUUUAAAGAUAAAUGUCGACAAUUUACGGCUUUUAUGUUCAGCAAUGUUGGCAUCAUAUUACUAGUAAUCUUCUAUACAAUUGGAGGUGCCUUUAUUUUUCAAGCUAUUGAAUUAUUCGAAUACGAAAGACUUAGCCCACAUAAAACGAUAAAACCCAAUGCAACUGAAAAAUGCGCGCAAAAGAUUUGGGAUAUAACGGCACAGAACAUAAGUUUCUAUGGGAACGCAUAUUAUAAGGAAAGAGUAAAUGAAAUUUUGCUGCAAUUUCAACGAGAAAUAGCGCAUGAAAAGUUAAUUGAUCCCGACAUUGACAAGCAAUGGAGCUUUUCGGGUGCAUUCCUUUACUCACUAACGGUUAUUACAACUAUAGGCUACGGCAAUAUAUCUCCCAAAUCGGAUUGGGGCAAAUUAGUCACCAUUUUAUAUGCGAUCAUCGGCAUGCCUCUCUUCCUACUCUACCUCUCCAAUAUUGGCGAUGUCCUGGCCAAGUCCUUCAAAUGGAUUUACUCCAAAGUCUGCUUGUGUCGCAUUUGUCCAGGCGUUGCACGCCGUCGAAUCAUACGCGAACGCCGUAAAAUACGACAAUUGGCCAUGACAAAAGCGCUGCAAGACAUGGAAAGCCGAUAUGCGAACACCAGCAGCAGUACCAGCAAGAGCAGUGAUAGCCGAAGCAGUAACAGCACUUCAGGCAGUUACUACAGUGAAGAAACUGAGAGUUCAACACAGAGCAUGAGUGCGCUGGAAUUAUUUGAAGCGGGGAAUGAUUCCGAUAUUGAGAGAGAAAUACGUAGGAAUACUGACGAAAUUACGGUACCCUUAACGGUUUGCGUGAUCAUAAUGAUAAGUUACAUAUUAGCUGGUGCUAUCCUUUUCAGUCGUUGGGAAGCUUGGGAUUACCUGGACGGCAGCUACUUUUGCUUUAUCUCGCUUAGUAGCAUCGGUUUCGGGGAUUUGGUACCAGGCGAACGUGUGAUUACUGCCGAUAAAGACAAAGUUGAGGUUAGUUUUAUACUUUGUGCUGUUUACCUAUUGCUUGGUAUGGCCCUCAUUGCAAUGUGUUUCAAUUUGAUGCAGGAACAAGUUAUACACAAUGUUCGAGCCAUCAAACGAGCUUUCAAAUCCUGUUUUCGUUGUAAGAGAUGACACUAUCAUAAGACGCUUUUUA